GGGCCUGAGGGGCCCUCACCGGUCAUGGCCGCCGCUGCUUCCCCGCGCCCGCGGCACCGACCGGGGAGAGCGGCCCGGGCCGGCAUCCUCUGCCCGCCCCUGCGCCCCUAGGAGGGGUUUGUGAGGCCGGGAGAGCCGGGCCGUGCCCUGCGAGGGGAGCGGGCGGACACAGGGGUGUCACCGGCCGCUGCCGCGCGCCCGGAGCGUGCCCCGCUUCGGCGGGGGUGCCUCCGUUUCAUGGCAGCCUUUGAUGACGCAGUGGAAGAGCGUGUGAUCAACGAGGAAUAUAAGAUAUGGAAAAAGAACACCCCGUUCCUGUAUGAUCUGGUGAUGACCCAUGCCCUGGAGUGGCCCAGCUUGACUGCUCAGUGGCUUCCUGAUGUCACAAGACCUGAAGGCAAAGAUUUCAGCAUCCACAGGUUGGUGCUGGGCACCCACACCUCAGAUGAACAAAACCACCUGGUGAUUGCCAGUGUGCAGCUGCCCAACGACGAUGCCCAGUUUGAUGCUUCCCACUAUGACAGUGAGAAAGGAGAGUUUGGAGGCUUUGGCUCAGUGAGUGGAAAAAUUGAAAUUGAAAUCAAGAUAAACCACGAGGGAGAGGUGAACAGAGCCCGUUACAUGCCCCAGAACCCCUGCAUCAUCGCCACCAAGACUCCCUCCAGCGAUGUCCUGGUCUUUGAUUACACCAAACACCCCUCCAAACCAGAUCCUUCUGGAGAGUGCAACCCAGACCUGCGUCUCCGUGGGCACCAGAAGGAGGGGUAUGGGCUGUCCUGGAACCCAAACCUCAGCGGGCACUUGCUGAGUGCCUCUGAUGAUCACACCAUUUGCUUGUGGGAUAUCAGUGCUGUUCCCAAAGAAGGCAAAGUGGUGGAUGCCAAGACCAUCUUCACGGGGCACACAGCGGUGGUGGAGGAUGUAUCCUGGCACCUGCUCCAUGAAUCCCUCUUUGGAUCUGUUGCUGAUGAUCAGAAGCUCAUGAUCUGGGACACGCGGUCAAACAACACCUCCAAACCCAGUCAUUCCGUGGAUGCUCACACAGCUGAGGUGAACUGCCUCUCCUUCAACCCCUACAGUGAGUUUAUCCUGGCCACAGGAUCAGCUGAUAAGACUGUUGCUCUAUGGGACUUGAGGAACCUAAAACUGAAGCUGCACUCCUUUGAAUCACAUAAAGAUGAAAUAUUUCAGGUUCAGUGGUCUCCCCAUAAUGAAACCAUCCUGGCCUCCAGUGGCACGGACCGCAGGCUAAAUGUUUGGGACUUGAGUAAAAUUGGAGAGGAGCAAUCCCCUGAGGAUGCUGAGGAUGGUCCCCCAGAGCUGCUGUUUAUCCAUGGUGGUCAUACUGCAAAGAUCUCUGAUUUCUCCUGGAAUCCCAAUGAGCCCUGGGUCAUUUGUUCUGUAUCAGAAGAUAAUAUCAUGCAAGUCUGGCAAAUGGCAGAGAACAUCUACAACGAUGAAGAUCCCGAAGGAAGCGUGGAUCCAGAAGGUCAAGGAUCCUAGAUGACAACUUCUCCUUGGUUUUACUCUUUCUCCUCCUCUUCCCUCUCAGCCCUGAGAUUGACUUAACACUGGUUUUGAGACACACACGUAGACUUUGUGUUCAGCCAUCCUCCUGUAGAUCCCAUCACAGGCUUUUUCCACCCACACACGGAGAACCCACCACCCAAAAAAAAAAAAAAAAAUAAGGGCUCAGCCCCCUCAACCUGCUGUGGCUCCUUGGCCAGAAUUCCUACAGCAGCCUCCUUCAUUGGUCUGGCUGUCCCUUUUUAACUGCCUUCAUCACACAGCAAGCUUGGGAUUAGUUUUUUUUUUUUUUUUUUCUCUCUCUCUUUUGCUUGCUGCAGCCACAGGCUUUUGCCUAAUUUAAACAAAAGUCAAAUUGGCAGAGCUGCCCGAGUGGGCUUGAGCCAACAGAGAUGAUCCAAGUGUUAAUCCCCUGACAGCUCAGAAAUGGUGUGGAAGGUCUUGUCCUCCUCAGUACAACUCAGAAGCCUUGGAAUUCCUUUAGUUAUCUGUACUUUGUUGCUUUUUCUGCCUUUGCAGAUACAAGACUUGCAAGUUCUGACUUGAACUGAAAUUUUUCCUUUUUUUUUUUGUCUCUCCUGGCAAUUCUGGGUUUUUCAUUCCUUCCUUCCUUUCCCUUUCCUCCCUCCUGCUGGGUGCCAGCGGUUUGGUUUUAGCUAUUCCUGCAGAGCCUCUUUCACCUCCCAUGUUUUUUGCUCUAUUGUGUGUUUCUUGAGCUGUGUUUUCACAUAAUGUUUCUUUCCUUUCUGUGAAAUGGUUUUUUAAAACUUGAGGGAGCCCUCAAGUCGUAAAAGGUGUUUGUUUGUACCAACGGAUGACCCCGGUGCCCUCAACAGCUGGUGGAAAACAAGUGAAAUGUGGAUGAACUCACUUUUUUUAGGAGUUCAGUCCUUGACCACAAGGUCCUGCACGUCUUCCACUCGGGUGUCCAGUGCCACCAGCAGCCUGUUACUCUCCAUCUCCUCAUGACUAACUGCGUGUAAGUCCUUCAGUUGGAAUAAAGUUUUUCUACGUAAACGCUGCCAA